CCGCCACUGUGUAUACUGUUCCUGAAUAGUAAGUAUAUCACUGUUCAUCCCGGCCCGAAAUGGAGCGACGGUUUUACCCUUACUACUUGCCUCAACUAGGAUUUUGCCAUUGUUUUACGAUAAGACGCUGGAGGCUUCGAGAGACGGUGAUAGAGAGAGAGAGACGGUGAUAGAGAUAGACACACAGCAACUCUGAGAGCGAAGAAACAAUCGAGGGUUGGGUUUGUUUUGGAAGAUGUUCCGUUUUACCUGUACAGGUUAGUUUGCACCAUUCAACAGCAAAACCUCUCAAAUCUUUCUCCAGCCAUCGAUGUCAACCCCUGAAAGAUUAUGUUCGGGCUGUUCAAUCUAUUAAGGCCACCAUAGCUGAGAGAGCAAAUGCCUUCAGGCGACAGUGUUGCUAUCUGAAACUGCUGUUAGGCUGGUGUAUUUGUAUGUGAACAACAUAUAAGUAGUAGCUACUGUCAAUCUGUAGUUUAAGUAAAACAAAAUUGGUUCAGAAAAAAAGAAUUGGAGAAGUAUGACUUGGCUACAUUGGUAACCAAACCUCAAUUUGGAGACACUGCUUACCAAGAAAGUUUCUGGGUUUACUUCCUAUACAAUAAUAUCUUAAUUUAAAGCAAGAUCUGAAAAGACCCAAGAUUUUACGAGAAAAAGAUGAGUGAGUGUGAAAAUGGAGUAGUACAGGAAGCUCAAAGAUCAGCUCCAACUAUGGGAGAGGGGCCAAUAGACUGAAAAUGGAAGCACAAGUAUGAUUGAAGUAGAGGAGCUUCAGCCAUAUUCACAUGGAUAUACAGAGCUAAACUUUUUCUGAAGGAUGAGGGAACAAUGAUGACCCACAUUGACACCAUAUUCAAAACGUGAGUUGUAAUAUAUAAGACAUCUGCUUAAUUAAGAUGGCAGAAAAGAAUGAAGCGGAGGAUUUUAAUCGAGGAAGCUGAGAAUAAGCAGAAGGAUCGGAUGACAUGUGGACAACAGUGAACCACCAAAGAAAUAAGCUUUUCCAGAGAUGGAUGUCCAAGUAAACCGGACUAUACCACAGCUUAUCGAAAAUGCAUAGAAAAUUUAUUACUGUUUUGCUUUUCUAGAUUCUUCUGUUAUAUCGAAUGCAAAAACCUUGGAAUUUAACUCCAUCAUAGGGAUAGAAUUUGUACAGAUGUAAUGGUUCCUUGCUCAUUAGAUUGAAAUUAUGUGCGAUAUUAUUUAUGUGUUUUCUAGGACGUACUCAGAGAACCCUGGAAUGCUGGAAUUGCUCCUAAGGUUUUUCAGUCCCAAACCUAAAUUCAAUAAAUUUGAUCAUACAUUUGAAUUGUGAAAUGUGAAGCAUCUAAAGAGUUCACUGUAAUCAAUGGUUUAACAUAAUUUGUAUCAUUUAACAUUAAUGCUAAUAUGUUUAUAUGUUUUCUGUAGCUAUGCUAUUGAUUUAUUUUGAUAGGUGAGAGGGAAUCUAGAAGACAAUUAUCUCAGUUCUUGAUAGUGCUCAUGGCCUCUGUAAGUGUGGCUCCUUCAUCUGGAUUACGAGACGGCAGUGGAAAUACGGUUGCCCAGUGAGAUGAAUAACAUGAAAAUUAGGGAUGACGUACAAGGCAUUGAGGUAAUUGUUGCAUUGACAUGCUGUUCAAAUUCUGUUAGGACCCAACUAUGUGAUCAACCGAGCCCAACUUGUAUCCAGGCCCAGAAUCCUGUGUAGGUCCAAAUAUGUAAACGGUGUCGUUUAUUUCAACUAUAUAGCUGGAAUCUAGCUGCAUUGUAAAGGAUAUCUGAGAAUUGAAUUGAAUUUUCCUUUUGCUUUUCUAUUUCCUUUGCUUUCCAUUUCUCUUAGGGUUUGGACCCUAACAACUGGUAUCAGAGCUCCAAAUCAUGGGGCCGAGGAAAGCUGGAGAUCCGCCACAAUAUUCAUCAACACCGCCGCGUCUGCCUGACCCAGGUAAUUUGAGGAUGAAGCUCCAAGUCGAGUUAGAGGUGACAGCGGCGGGAUUUUGUGAGACAGCGGCGGAAUUCCGUGAACUUCACAAAUCUAUGGCGUCGAUGGCGACGGAACAGACUUCGUUCCAGUCUGAGAUAUUAAACGAGUUGAGACAACUGAGACUGGGGCGAGCAGCUCAGGUGAUUGAGCCUUCGGUGCUUCAAAUCAAUUCUCAGUCGACUUCUCCAGUACCGAUCAUAUCUCCAUCAGUGACUCAACCUAUCUCUCAGGUGCUGCAAUUCGAGACCAUGGAUUCCUACGGACCGCAACAACAGCAAUACAUGAGGCCGCCGCCGCCACCACCACCACUACCGGCCAUUUCGGUUCCCUACCACUAUCAGCAGCAAGGCGCGUGGUACUUGAACCAGUACCGGUACCACUCAUCAGAGUCCCCGUCGCCUCCUCCUCCUCAUUAUGCGCACCAUUAUAAUCCUUAAUCUUAUCAUCCUCCGCAGCUCAAUCAGGAGUGGGGUGCUCAUAGUUGGUCGAAUAACCAAGACUGGGAAUACCCAGCCCAGAACAGUGAACAAGAUUGGGCAGCCAAGGCUAGGGCAUGGGCAGCUAGGACGACAAUGGAUUACCAGGAUAAGCAAUCGCAAUAUACUUCAGCUGGCCAACCAGAAGAACAAAUUAGGUCGCUUUCCUCUUCACAAGCGGUGUCCUCUCCGAUUAUGACGAUGGGCUCUAUUCAAGCGCAAGCUAUUGGUUGUUUCAGCAUGAUGGAGGAAUGUGUUAGUGGUAACUCUCUCACUUUGCCUACUGAGUCUAUGUUACCAUACUCACCUGCACUUGUUGUGGUUGAUUCUGGAGUGAGUAUUAGUAGAGGUAAGGGUAAAAUGAUAGAUGAUGGUCGUAAUUGUAACUUGGGUACUUCUUUGGGUACAAAUAAGCUUAUCAGUGAUGCUUUGAAAUCUGGGGAAGGUAGUACGGAACGGCAACAGUUUGUUCAGAACUCAAGGUUGGGGUACUCCUAUCUGGAAGAUCAAUUACCAUCACUUGAUAUUGGGUUAAAUAGUGCCAAGUCUCAGUUAAGUACCAUGGAGAUGACUGCUUGUAUGGUGAAGAACGAACAUUUUGGGAGUAAAAUUGGUAAAAAUGAUGAGCCUGCACUUCUAGGUUCUUUAUCACAGCUACCGGAAUCGAUCAAAUCAGUGAGCUCGCUGCCGCCGCCGUCAAUUCAGACUUCUUCAGGACCAGCUCAGUUGAUGUCUCCAACUAGAAGUCUUGUACCAGAGGAGGGAGAUGUCGUCCAAAAGAAGACUGGUGAACUUACAGAGCUUGAUAAUAUAUCGAUGAUGGUAGGAAAUUACUUUCAGUAUGCCUUACCUAAGUGUUGUGGGUAUGGAAGGGAUAUUGGUACAUGUUCUGUGGUAAAUGUUUUUAAUGCAUCGUGUGUAAUGCUCACGCAUUACAUUGAGAGUCCAAAGAAGAUUAGUCACUAUGUACUGCAACUAUGCUUCUCUGGAUUUGAUAAGAAGGUUCGUGAUAAAGGUAGUACUCUCUUAACAAAUGAACUUUUUAUGGAGUACUUUGCAGGGACAAUGGCAUCUGGUAAUAGCUUGAAAUUUAUCUUUUCACUAAUAAUGACUUUGAUUGAAUUAUGGAGUUAUGGAUAUGUUGAGAAAAAUAUAAGAUGGUUUACCAAAAUUUCAGUGAUUAGUUUUGGAAAUGGAUGCUGCGAUUUCCACCAUGAUCAUGGGCUUAUCUCUUGUGGCAUUGAAUUCAAUAGUUUCUUGGUGAAUAGAAAUGAUGGACACAUAGUUGUUCUAUGCCCCAACAUGUUCAGAGAUGGGGUUAAUUUGGAGUAUCAGUGGGAAACAAAAGGAUCUGGGCAAUUGCUUAUGGUGGCUCGUCCUCUGCAUGUGAAGCUUCUUAAGAAUGAUGUGCUGGUUUCGAAUCAGUUCUAUGGGUUUGUAAAGGAGUUGGAGAAAGCACUUGCUAUUUUACUUGUGAGUUUCCUCAAAAUUACGGUAGAUAUUAGAAAGCAGAUUGAGCUUCUUCACGGGCAAGCGAAAAGGGCAGACUUGUAUAUUGACCUUAAGGAGGUGAAAAGGAGAGAAGAGCUUCUGGUAUUGAUGGGGAGUAACAACGAGAGGAACAAGAAGAACAAAGGGUCUAUAGACUUGGUUAUUAAGGAAGUUAUUGAUUUUGUCCAGAUCAACUUAGCGUUCUCAUCUUCGAGGUACUUUUCUGGUCUAGUUGUUCCAAUAACUACUUUUGUUAUUCAAGCUGUGCUAGUUGGAAAUGUCUCACAUGUUUUUGGAACUUUGAGUGUUUUUCUUGUCAAUAAACUUAAUCACAAGAAGGAAUCACUUGAGGUUAUUUGCCUUGCGACCAUCUUCUUUGUUACUUACGUAUUGUCUCUGCAUAUGCAACUUGUGGACAAAUGUAUGCCACCUCAAAUAGUGGAGUUUACUCAACAUUACAUAACAAAGAAAGAGUUGGUCACUUUUUGGAUUUGGGUUCCUACAGCACUGUCAAGUUCAAAAGUUUGGAUACUUAACUCGCAUGGUUUGAUUGUGAUCAAGGGUCAUCCUAUUAAUUGGUGACAUAUUCCGGAUAAGAGAGCUUAUUUUUUAUAUUGAAUCUCAUAUCACUCCCACUGGAGCAAUUGCUACUGGACUUGUUUUCUACUCUGGUGAAGACUUGCACAUUACCAACUCAGAUUCACAUAUGGCUCACUAUAACAUGUGUUUGCGGCACACAAAGUGCAAGGUGAGGGAUAUAAUAAGCAACAUUUGUUUGAGAAGCUCAAUGACUUAUGAGGAAGAGAUUUCAAAGCUAGAGGCAGAAGCUCAAAAGCAAACAGGGAGUGGUAGACUAAUUGUGGUAUGCAAUUUAAACAAUCUCAUAUCCUUUGUUUCAUAUUGCAAUUCCAUGGUUUUCGUAGAUAAUGAUUUUGAAAGUGAAGACUUCACACUGCAAGGUUCUACACUCUGUAAUAGAUAUUAUGAUCGUUCCUCGUCUUCUCAAUCCAUAAUUACCAAAAUCUCAGAUGAAUUUCGAUUCCCCAAAAGUGGAAAGGAGCUUAUUCACGUAGCCCUUAUACCUAACUAUGCACUGAAGAGUCUAUUGCAUCAAUGUUCCAGAAGUUGGAUCAUCACCAUUAUCUUCAUAUUCUUUUACAUUUCUAUUGUAAAAGCUGCAAAUGAUACUGUGAAGUUAACAGCUGAGUUUCUGGUGAUUCUUGAUAUCGAGAACUACUUUUGGGACGCAAUUGAGUCAUGGUUAAAUGGAACUCUUGGAAAAAAUGGUUCUUGUGAGAUUAAAUGGGGUGGCAAUUUUACUAAACAAGGAUCAUUGGAUUAUGGUGCAGACUUUGGGUUUGGACUUUACAUUGAUCACCAUAAUCACUUGGGUUACUUUCUAUAUGGCAUUUCGGUGCUUGCUAAGAUUGAACUGGAAUGGGAGAUGAGGUAUAAGCCUCAAGUUGAUUCACUUGCUGCAGAUUUCAUGAACCUGGACAAGAGGACAGAUUUCUAUUAUUCCCUGGUGAGAUGCUUUGAUUUGUGUAAACUGCAUUCAUGGGCAGGAGGGGUGACUUACAAGGAAACAAUGCAGGAUGGUUAUGUAAUUUCAAAAUUCUGGUUUGAGAUUGUGGCUAUUUGUUUGAGCAGCAGAUUAUUCCUUAAACUUGAGGUCAAGUUUCAAUUGAAGAGGGGUGGUGUUGUUAGGACCCAACUAUGUGAUCAACCGAGCCCAACUUGUAUCCAGGCCCAGAAUCCUGUGUAGGUCCAAAUAUGUAAACGGUGUCGUUUAUUUCAACUAUAUAGCUGGAAUCUAGCUGCAUUGUAAAGGAUAUCUGAGAAUUGAAUUGAAUUUUCCUCUUUCAAUUUCUCUUAGGGUUUGGACCCUAACAAAUUCUUUGUUACAACUUCAGCAAUUAAGCUGUUUUUUCAUUCUAGGAGUUGACCUGGCUUAUAUGCUUAUUGGUAUUGAAAAGAGACACCUACCUGAAGCAUAGCCGGAAGCAAAAUUGAGCUGUGAAAAUCUUAAUCAAAGAUUAUGCAUUGAACCUUGAAUGGCAGGAGACGUGAUGAUUUAGGUAAGACACAUUCUCAUGAAACUUGCAGUUUUUAAUGCAGAAGCAGGGGAGGAUUCUGAUAUUAUACUCUGUUUUGAUUCUGUUAAUAAAACGUGUGGGAUGGCUUUUGAUUGGUGUGUAUUGAUCACAACUGUGUUCAGAAUGUUGAUGAGGAAAUGUGUAGUCAUGGGAGAUUCUUCUGCAGCAUUCAUACACACGUAACUGUUGAUGGCAAAGCUUCUAUCCCAAAAUUCCAUUUUUGCAAUAUGUAAAUAUACAAAUCUACUUAAAUACCAGCUUUUGUAAUAUGUAAAGUUAUGACAUUCACCAAUAAACGUUUCUUAGUUUA